CGCGCCCGCCGCCAUGGAGCGCCUCCUGCCGCUGCUGCUCCUGGCCGCCGCGGCCGUGGGGGACGAGAACCGGAUCGUGGGGGGCCACAAAUGCCAGAAGAAGCGUCACCCCUACCAGGUGGUCCUCCUUGGCCCUCAGAAGAACAUCCACUGCGGUGGGGUCCUCAUUGGGAAGUCAUGGGUGCUGACGGCCGCCCACUGCGACACCAAGAGCUCCAUCCCUAUCCGCAUGGGCGACCACAGUUUGAAGACCAAGGAAGGAACGGAGCAAUGCGUCAACUCGGUCAAGGCCUUCAUCCAUCCCAACUACAACCCCACCAGCCAUGACAGUGACAUCAUGUUGUUGAAGCUCCAGAAGCCGGUCCGUUUCACCGACCGCAUCCACCCCGUGGCCCUUCCCAAACGUUGUCCUCCACCCAACACCGAGUGCAUCGUGUCGGGUUGGGGAAGCACCAGCAGUCCUGAAGGGUACUUCCCCGAUGUUCUCCAGUGCGGCGUGGUCUACACCAUGCCCAACGAGGAGUGCAGCAAGCUCUAUCCCAAAGGCAUCACCAAGAACAUGCUCUGCGCCGGCACCAGCUCAGGUGGCACUGACUCCUGUCAGGGUGACUCGGGAGGUCCUCUGGUGUGCCAGGACGAGCUGCAGGGCAUCGUGUCAUGGGGCAUGCAGGUCUGCGGGCAGCGGGGCAAGCCGGGUGUCUACACCCGCGUCUGCGAGUUCACCGCCUGGAUCCAUGAAACCAUGAGGAGGAACGGUCACAUCUGAGCCACCCCCAAAAAGAAGAGUCCUCCCCUCACCCCAUUCCCCCAAAACACCAGAGGUCUUCUUCUCCCUUCUCCCAUCCCGCGCCGUCCUCCCUGUGCGCCGGGGAAGACCUCCUGGAAUAAAGCCCUGUGAAACGUGGCCACCUUCCACCAUCCCGUGGCUCCACCAUGGACAUCGAGGCCGUGGGGUGGGGGGGAGGUGUGGGAGGAUGACGGUCACCAUGAGCGUGGUGAGGAAUUUGCCACCAGUUCUGAGGGCUGGGGUUGGUGG